AUGAAAGCUAGAAGACGGUAUCCGGGCCUUUCGAGCGGCGAGUCCGAGGCCGAAGAGGUGCCCGACGACAAGUCGUUGUCAGACACGAACGAGCGUCGAACGCGGCGCAAACGGUCUGUUCCUGUGGACGACGACAGCGACGAGGACGCCAUCCGGACGCACCGCACGCGGGGGCGGUCGGUGAACUACAACGAGGACGCAUUGCUGGCGGCCAUCGACGACGAGAUCGGGCACAACAGCGACGAGUCUGCCGAAGACGAGGGGGGUUCUUCGCGCAAGCGGCGGCGCACGCGGUCGCGCAAGCUGGAUGACGAGGAGUUCGACGAGAAGGUGGCCUCGAACAGCGACGACGAGUUCGACGAGGACGAGGUGCUCAGCUCGGACGACUCGCUGCGGCCGCGCAGGCGACGCCAGCCAGGGUUUAUCGUCAAGGACGACGAGGACGUGGACGAGGACGAGGAGUUCGACCUCAAGAAGGAGAAGCGGCGUCGCAACGGGCGACUUGCCCGGAGGACACGCGGCCGGCCGCGCAAGGAGGAGGUGGAGGAGUUUGACGACGAGAGCGAGGAGGACGAGAGCCUGACACUGGCCGACGAGCUGAAAGCGCUGCAGGACGACUCGCCGCUCAACUCGCCCGUGCAGCGCAACCUGCGCGAGCGCAAGAACGUCAACUACCAGCUGCCGCCUCCGAUCCUGCAACCAGACACCGGGCGCGUCGAUCUCAUGGAGAGUCCGCGUCGCGGGCGUGCUGGCGGCCGGUUUGGCGGCAUUGGAGGGUCUGUGGCCCCCUCCACGCAGAUCAGACGGCUUUUCCCGACCGUGGGGCCGUUCGGUGGAGGAGACGUUCACGCUCUGUUCCAGAACGGCGGCGUGCCCGACACGCUGACGGCCAUCGGCAACGUCGAGAGCAGCGACUCCGAAGACGACAACGAGUUGUUCAAGCCUACAGACCCAAACAAAUUGAACAUAGUCACGGUGGACUCAAACGUCCCUGGAAAGAAGAAAAAUACAUUGGCAGAUACAGAUCCACUUGGAAUAGACACCAACAUCGACUUUUCUGUUGUUGGUGGACUGGACAACUACAUCAACCAGCUCAAGGAGAUGAUCACGCUUCCCCUGCUGUACCCGGAGAUUUACUCGCGGUUUCACAUCACGCCGCCGCGAGGAGUUUUGUUCCAUGGUCCGCCUGGUACGGGAAAAACACUCAUGGCACGGGCCCUGGCCGCCUCGUGCUCGUCACAGCAGCGAAAGGUGACCUUUUUCAUGCGGAAGGGAGCCGACUGUCUGUCCAAAUGGGUCGGCGAGGCCGAAAGACACCUGCGGCUGCUUUUCGAAGAGGCCAAGCAGCAGCAGCCGUCGAUUAUCUUUUUUGACGAGAUCGACGGACUCGCGCCGGUUCGGUCGUCCAAACAGGAACAGAUCCACGCGUCGAUUGUGUCGACGCUGCUGGCGUUGAUGGACGGCAUGGACAACCGUGGCCAGGUGAUUGUGAUCGGAGCCACCAACAGACCAGACUCGAUCGACCCUGCUUUGCGCAGACCGGGCAGAUUCGACAGGGAGUUCUACUUUCCGCUGCCCGACGACAAGGCCAGAGAGGAGAUCCUCAAGAUCCACAUGCGCAAGUGGGACCACCAGCUGGAUCCGGGCUUUGUGCACGAGCUGGCCAGGCUCACCAAGGGCUACGGUGGAGCCGAUCUCAAGGCCCUUUGUACAGAGAGCGCAUUGAACGCGAUCCAGAGAGCCUAUCCGCAGAUCUACCAAUCCAACGACAAGCUCAAGAUCAACAUCAACAAGGUGAAGGUGAUUGCGAGCGACUUCACACGCACGUUGGACAAGAUUGUGCCGUCCAGCGCGCGGGCCACGUCGCUCAGCUCGAGCCCGUUGCCCGAGGCCAUUGCUCCGCUGCUCCAGGCACAGCUGGACACAAUUGUGCAGCGCACACGGCAGGUGAUUCCGAGCGAGAAGCCCGUCACUCUGCUCGAGGAGAGCCAGUACGUUGAUCUGACCUCGUUCGAGCCGGACGGCGGAUUCCAGCACCAGCAGCUGCUGUCGAAGCUGAACCAGCUGCGUGUCUUCAAGCCACGGCUGCUGAUCACAGGCCACAAGGGCGACGGCCAGGAGUACAUUGCGAACGCGGUGUUGCACAGUUUCGAGGGCUUCAACGUGCAAACGCUCGAUUUCGCCAAAUUGUACACGGACUCGUCGAUCUCGCCGGAAAACGUGGUGAUCCAGCUGUUCCAGGAACUGAAACGCCACAAGCCCAGCGUGUUGUACGUUCCGUACAUUCUGAGUUUCCUCGACGACAUCACGUCGUCGCUGCGGUCGACGAUAUCCGGGCUCGUUCGCACACUGGACCCAAACGACCGGAUCUUGGUGAUCGGUAUGGUUGAGGAGCAGGAUCUGUUGGACGACAACUAUUACCAGGAAUUGGACGCCAUUUUCGGGUUCACCCAGCUGGACUCUGUGGAGCUGCACAAACCGUCAGAAGAGCAGAGAAAACGGUUUUUCGAAAACGUUUGGACGUGUUUCCAGCUGACUCCAAUCGAGUACAACGAGAUUGGUAGCCGUCCAAAACGGAAGCUGAAAGAGCUGCCUAAAAUCGAGAUUGUCGAGGAGACAAAAGAACCUGUGGACGAGCCACGCAAAGAGGUGGAAAUCGCCCGUGCGGACAUGCGUCUGAAAAAUACGCUCAAGGUGAAACUGUCUGGGCUGAUGGAGCUGUUCAAGGCGCGGUACAAGCGGUUUAAAAAACCCAUCAUCGAGGACUCGUACCUGGUGCAUCUGUUCGAGCCGGAGCCAGACCCAGAAGCACCGUACCAGAGACAGGACGACAGGAUCUUGGAGGUGGCCACGGGAAAACUGUAUUAUAAUAUCGAUUUGGACGUGAUUGAGGAACGAUUGUGGAACGGGUACUAUUCAGAGCCACGACAGUUCCUCGGCGACAUCGAGAUGAUUCUGAAGGAUGCAAACAUGUCUGGCGAGCGCGACCGGAUUCUGAAGGCCAACGAGAUGUAUGCCAACGCCCAGGUCGGCAUUGAGGAGAUGGAGAUCGCGUUUCCCCAGCUCGCUGCCGACUGGAAGGCCGCAAGACAGCGCGAGAAGCGCCGCGAAGCCGAGUACUUGCGGCAGCUGAAAGAAAAAGAGAUUGCCGAGGCCGAGGUGGCCGCUGAAGGUCAGAACGAUGCAGUGGUGGUCGACGUGCAGCAACAAGCACAGCUCAUGAAUGGAGGAGAUGACCACCCGGUUCCUCCGGAACCCGAGUCUGUAUCUGUUGAACCCAUUCUUCCUGCAGAGCAGCCUAUUAAGGAGGAGCUGCAGAAGGAGGUGCAAGAGGAGCAAAACGAAGAUCCUGCGCCUGAGUCUUCAGAUGAGGAGUAUGAGAGGCCAGAACCACAGACACUCGUGUACUCACCCGUGGACCUGGUCCGCGUGCAGGAGCUGCUACUGCGCCGGUCCGCCAGCAUGACGGUGGACCAACUCGUGAGACAGAACUCCAAGAUGAUCGAGCUUAUCUGGGACGAGCGCCACAAUCUGGACAAAACAGAGCUUCUACGCCGUCUGGAGGCCACGCUCGCCUGA